AUGAAAAAGCUCAUGAAUUCUUACUGUGAUCGAUACUCUCUUCACUUCAACUCAACCGUUUUUCUCUUUGAUUCUCGUCUCAUAUCACCAAACCUCUCUCCCUUUCAGCUAAACUUAAAAGAUGGGGAUGAAAUAGAUGCUGCCUUCCAAGAAGAUUGUAUCGAAAUUAAGGUCAAAGGCCAGUAUGGAUUUGAAGCUUCUUAUGUGAUCCGAAGAACCGAUCCAUUGAGAAAUAUUAUGGAUAAAUAUUGUUUGCAUUAUCGUCUUAAUUUUGAUGCAGUUGGUUUUUUGUUUGAUGGGCGUCUCACCAAACCUGAGGAGACUCCAUAUGAGCUCGGAAUUCAGGAUGGCGAUGAAAUUCUCGUCAUGCUUCACAUGAGUGCUUGCGGUGUUUUAUCGUUUAGGAUGAAAUUUGAUUGA